UACAAAUUUUUAAAUUAAAUAAAAGUAGUAACAAUGAUGAUGCCUAUCCAUCAUUACCAUCAUGUCGAACCUAUCAAGACCGAGCAUAAGCAAGAGCACAACCACCAUCAUGACGACCAGUAUCAUGACCACUAUCAUGACCACGAUCAUGACCACUAUCAUGACCACGAUCAUGGCCACGAUCACGACCACUAUCAUGGCCACGAUCAUGACUAUCAUGACGACCACCAUGGGCACUACGGCGAUUACCACCACCAUCACGGCCACUACCAUCAUGACGACCAUCACCAUCGCGGCCACUACUAUCGUGACGACCUUCACCAUCACGGCCAUCACCAUCAUGACGACUACCACCAUCAUCACUAUCAUGUCGGUCACCACCAUCACGGCCACCAUCAUAAUGACCAUCACUAUUAUGACGACUACCAUUAUCCAAUCAAUCUGUUCGACCCUAUUCUCGGUCGAAGUCCAGUUUUCUAUGUGCCGCAAUCUGCAACGAGCUUUUUGGUUUGCAAACAUGGCCGACUGCCCCAGAGCUACAUUUCCUACAAUGGCCUGGAUAUCGGAGUCAAUGCGGAGAUUGAUGACUGGAGGGACUUCCUCGCUAUGCAGGAUGGACUGAAGGUACUGAUCUUCCUGCUGUUGUUUCUUAUUUUAGCAAUGCCAAUCGUGGGGUCCCUUUAUGGCUGGUUUUGGGGGCGAUGCAGAAAUUGCAGGACAGGCAGCAAGAGAACGUGCUAUAGCUGUGGCAUCCUCCUGGCCGUUGCGGCACUCCUUAUGUUGCAGUUAACGAAGGGCCUGGAGAAAUAUGGGCCUUGUUCGCAGCGAUCCCUCUACCAUCACCCCUACAGGCGCAUGCGACUUCUGCAUGACCCUAAUUAUAAGCAUUUUUUGGAGCGAAUCGAAGCUCAGUCUGAUGCCACACAAGCGGGGGACCAUGCUGAAGCCAUUAAGGAUCUAAGCGAGGUUCUUAAAAAUAUGCACACAGCUAAGUUAAUUUUAGAGGAGUUCCAGAAUGAGCUGCCCGUAGCUCAGGGGUUGGCUAUUAGGUUUCGGGAUGCGUUGCGUGCCGUCAAACAAAAUCUUAAGGAAUUCCUCAUCUCGCACUGCAACCAAGAGGAGUGCAGAGAUUUCUACAGAGACAAUGAGGUCAGGAUGCUAGACGAGGGAUGUCUGCACUUUGAUAGAAUUCCCUCAACGGAAGACUUGAUCAAGUCCAUUAACGAAAUUCUGGCCGGUAACUUUGUCAUUUAUCCCCUAAUGGCUGCUCAACAGAUCGCAACGGCGUACAGGAAUCACACUAAUAACCUGCUGGACACAAUUAAAAAGGAUCCCCAUAAAGACGACAAAUAUCUGCAGGAUAAGUACAAAGCAUCGUUAGUAGAACUCCGGGUAAAUAAGAUAGGGCCUGCAAUAGCGAUUCGUCGUAUUCCCGUAGCUGCUCUGCGCCGAAAGCUGGGACCUUCGUGGUAUGGAAGCAUGUUAGGAAUGCUCUUGGUGCUUAUGAUUUUGCCCAUCCUCCUGCUAAUUGCUCUUGUGGUAAAACUGUUUAGUCCAAAUGUGUCGAAUGGGCUACUCUGUGCAUUCCUCACUGCCGCCUUCAUGCUUUUCUCGAUACCCCUUGUCCUGGUGCUCUUCUUUCUGGUCCACGGAUUCUUGACGUAUGACAUUUUCUGUGCUGGACAUCAGGUGCCCGAAAGGAGGAUUCCGAUGUAUAAUCGACCGAUUUUGUAUCGACCGAAUAAUAAUCCAGCGAAUGAUAAACUACCGAAUCAUAAUACAAUGAAUGCUAAUACACCGAAUGCUAAUUCAGCGAAUGAUAAUCAACCUAUGUUAAGAUCUAGAGAUACGGUAGAUCCACCGGAUCACAGUCAACUGCAUGACCAUCCACUAGAUAACAAUCCUCCGGAUGAUAAUCAACCUGUGCUAAGAUCUAGAGAUACGUUGUAUCUACCACCGGCUGACAAUCCACUGGAUGACAAUCCACUGGAUGACAAUCCAUCAGAUAACAAUCCAUCAGAUGACAAUCCACCGGAUGAUAAUCAACUUGUGCUAAGAUCUAGAGAUACGUUGUAUCUACUGGAUGACAAUCCACUGGAUGAUAAUCCACCGGUUGAUAAUCCACUGGAUGAUAAUCUACCCGAUGAUAAUCAACCUGAGCUAAGAUCUAGAGAUAGGUUGUAUCUACCGGAUGACAAUCCACCGGAUGAUAAUUUUCCUGUGCUAAAGUCUGCAGAUACGUUGUAUCUACCGGAUAAUAAGCCACCUGUUCUAAGAUCUGGAGAUACGUUGCAGAGGUGCGCCGGUAAUGAGGCCUUGUGCGGUGACUUGGGUCGCAAAGAGUUCUAUGUCAAUACGAAAAGGGAUAUCCGGGAGGCGGCCCAGGACCAGGAGCUCUUGCGGAGUAAGCUCUUCAGCUACAACAGCUCAGAAUUCACCCAAUAUAUGUGCCGAGAGCUCGUGCCGGAGCCCAAACCAGGACCUCUGCCGGAGCUGAUCAGUAGACUGGCCAACCUGACCAGGAGUGUGGGAUCGCCUCCUUUUCUGUUAAACCAAACCAUCAGGCUGCAAGUCGCUCACAAGAAACUGGGGCAACCGCUAGCCGCGAUCAUUCAGCGACUGCUGGGUAAACUGAAGCAGCUGGAUCUCCUACUGUCCGGCGGAAAUAAAAGCUUUGACAUGUACAUGAGCCGACUUCUGGAAAAGAUUAAACAGUUUCAACGCCGCGAUUUCGUUGGAUUUGGUCUGCAAAAUGAAACCAAGGAAUCGAUGAAGAGCUUAGCUCAGGCUCGCCAUUACCAUGGCCAUCACGGCCACCACCAUCACGGCCACCACCAUCACGAACACCACCAUCACGGGCACCACCAUCACGGCCACCACCACCAUAAUCACACAAACCAUCAUCACCACGAUGAUAAUCACACCGAGGAUCAUCACCACAACUAUAAUCACCACCAUCAUCAUCACCACUUUCAUCAUCAUCAUCACCAUGGUGAUAAUUACACCGAUGAUCAUCACAUCAAUGAGCAUCACCACAAUCAUCAUCACCACGAUUAUCAUGCUUCGUAUCCCUAUGGGAGCUUUGAUCCCUAUUUCUAUAAUAGUUUAGCUCUGAAUCGCUAUUUGAUUUACAAAGAUCUUUGUGGGAGUAUUGCCAAUCCAAUGAACGCCAUCUGGUUCUGGCUUCUACCCUUCACCCUGAUGCUUCUGCCCGCCAUCUGCUGCAGUCAUUAUUUGAGAUGUUACUGCCGAUGUUGUAGGAAUGUUUGUGAGGACCCCUGCGCGGCCCCGUGCUCGGAACCCUGCGCGGCCCCCUGUACGGCCCACUGCACGGCCCCCUGCACGACCUCCUGCACGGCCCCCUGCACGGCCUCCUGCACGGCCCCCUGCACGGCCCCCUGCACGACCUCCUGCACGGCCCCCUGCACGGCCUCCUGCACGGCCCCCUGCACGGCCCCCUGCACGGCCCCUUGCACGGCCCCUUGCACGGCCCCUUGCACGGCCCCUUGCACGGCCCCUUGCAAGGCCCCUUGCACUGCCACCUGUGCGGCCCUCUGUGCAGCCCCCUGCACGCCACCCUGCGCGCCACCCUGCGCGGGUCGUUGUGUGAACCCUUGCGUUUCCACCUGUGCGGCUCCUACAGAUUACACCUGUUGCACGGUGCCAAUGGAAUUCCCAGACUGCUCCUGCUACACAAUGAAAGACUGUUCCCACUGCAGAUAUUUUCCAGUGGUGGACGAAACGAAUGUCGACCAAUUGAAUUUAAAUAUGCAUUUAUGA